UCAGUCUAACAUUUAUAAAUUUGGCAAAAAGCUUGCCUGUAGUGUGAUACUCCUUAUCCUUGUUUCACCACCGCCAUUGUAAAAAGUUAAGUUUAACUCGGCAUAAGGAACUCUUCUCAAAAUGUUAAAAUAUUUAUAUUGUUUUAUAUAAAUAUAAGUGUGCGUGUCAACACGUCGUUCUUCAUCUUGGGUUACAGCGAAUACCAUUUUCGAUUUAAACCGGAAACAAUGGAGAAACAGGUUGAAGCGAUAAGUUCGGACCUCAAACAGAUACAGACGACCAGCAAGUUUGUGCUGAAGAGACUCAACCAGCUCCGAGACUCCGGGCAUGGAUGUAAUUGCAAAGAAAAAAUACAAGAAACACAGACUGAAAUCACAACCGUAUCAACACGAGUAGAUGAACUCCAGAGUCACCAUACUAGUCUCGUGGACACCCAGAAUGACCUUCAAAAUCAGAUCAACGAGAUGAGAGCCCGGAUGGAGGAGAUGCAGCAAACACUGCUCACCGUACAGACGGACGAUUCCAAACUGCAGAUGAAGUCUGGACAGCCAGACAAUGAAACGGCCACUGUAUCCAGAAAGAAUGUUGCAAACACCUAUUAUACAAACAGUGCCGAAAAAUCGGAGCCGUUACACAUGGAGGUUGAACAAAACGAGGAAGGCCCUAAAGCAGAACUAAAUGUUAAGCCAGAUGAAGUGAGCACUAAAACUAACACUGACCCUGUAACAGCACUGGCAUCAGACGAUAAAAGUUCGGGUACUACUACAAAUAAAGAACCGAAGUCAGCUAAAAACCCUGUUUUUAAACACAUACAGCCUGCUAAGCUGAGUUCUGGUGACAAACUGAUCAGUAACCCAAAUUUCCCCUUGAAACCAGUCCCGCCUGCAAAGGAGACCAUUGAGGACACGAAGAAGGACGAGGGAGCGGAAGGAUUGCAAGUUGAGGUGGUCCGCCAGACACGGAAGGAUUCCAUGCUUUUGGGAGAGCAGGGCUGGAGGUCCGUUACACAGACAGCAUUGGACGAAGCGCGGUCGAAGAUGAAAGAUCUGGAGGGUGUGAAAACCGUCAUCUGCCUCGACAUAUCCGAGAGCAUGGCCACCGGAAACGCAUGGGCGCAGGCGCGGACAUUCGUCUGCAACUACUUGGCAGGUCUGGAGGAGUGCAGACGGGAGUACGCGUCAACAGGGCUGGAGGUGCAGAACGUUGCCCUGGUAACCUUCGGUCACGAGACCAAGAUCCAAACACUAUACACUAGCGACUACAACAUAGUCAGAAAUAUCAUUGAUAAUCUGAAACUUGGCGGACCCAGCCCUCUGUUUGGUGGACUCUUGUAUGCUUUGGCGGCGGCAUGGUCACCACGACAACAACAGAUGUUGAUAAAUAGUUUUAUGGUGAACACGAAGAUUGUUCUGGUAACGGACGGCCGGCCGACGGAGAUGUCGCUCAUCGGCGGUCCGGAUAUACCCUACAACGACAUGGGCGCGACGAAGACAGAUAUUCUGAAGUUGAUGGAGGAGUUCAGCCAGAAGAAUAUUGAGAUAUUCUGUAUUCCCGUUGGAGACUGUGACAGGGAGUUCAUCGAGAUGAUGAGCACUGUGGCUGAGGGAAGAGUCAAGGAUGUCACGUACGCUCGACGUCUCGCGCGACAUCUCCACCUAUGUCAUACAACGCACGUGGAACCUCUAGGUCUGGGCGGCGCAAAGCUGAUAUCGGAGAUGCUGCCACAAGACCUAACCCUCUCCGAGGAAGACAAGGAAGAUUUGAAAGAGAUAAAAGAAGACGCGCAGAACCGUCUCAUGAAGGUCAUCCGCUUUGGGUGCCCGUCGGGUCCAACGGACAUGUAUACGGACACGGGCAGCAAGUUACUUCCGGCUGUUGGGACGCGUGUGCGCCGAGGGCCAGACUGGGGAUAUCCGCCACAGGACAGCUAUGGACCAGGAACCGUAAUAGGACACUGCGAUAAUGACGUGCAAGUACAUGUUGAGUGGGACGCGGAUGAAUACGCGAAUGUAUACUGCUACGGUAACGGAGACUACGACCUACUUAUUGUGGACGAGCCUCGCGUUCCCCCGCCUGGGAAGAAGGUCGUGGUCGGCUGCCUCGUCAAACCUGGCAAAGACGGGAGAUCAACGGGCAAGAAUGUGUGGGACCGCGGCGUUGUCGUCAAAAUGAAUCCACCUAAGGCACUGGUUCGAUGGGACGACGGUAAGAGAGGAGACUACAGCUAUGGCGAGGACGGGAAAUAUGAAAUUGAAUUCUGCAACAGCGGCAGAAGCGCGUCUGGGGGAAGCAGGUUUGGCUCGACCACUGAAGCCAAUGAGCAGAAGACAAACUUUUCCGUCGGUGGGGGACAAAAAAACGUUAUUCCAACGCCGCGGAAAAAUAAGAACAAAAAUAAAAAUGCCAAUGUAAACAAAUAGGCCAAUUUCAGUCGUCUUUGACUAUUUUAAAUAUGCAUCCACUUGCCUUCUCCCCGAAGAUAGCAAACAGUUUGUAGUGCUAAAGUGUUAGCGCAGUUUGUGCAAGCGCGCCAGCGAUAAGAAAGCAAUUACAUUUUUUUCAUAUUUUAAGUUAAUCAAUUAUCAUGAAAAAUAUAUUGUGAUAUGAAAAACGCCUUUUCUUAUAUGUAUAACUAACCCCAGUUCCUAAAUUUCAUCUAAUCGAUAAUCAAAGUCUUUAAGAAAUGUGCAUAUUAAUGUUUUCUGCACAAAACAUUUUUUAUUAAAUAUUCGAAUAAAUAAAG